AUGACGCCGACCAAGACACGAGGGAGCAGCGUGAGCGCCUUCUACAACGGCAUCUUCCACUCGCUCAUCUACUCGGAGCGCCAUCGCGUGUGCUGUAACGUGGGCUUCCACCCGCGGGACGAGAAGAUAAAUGAAGACGCGAGUAUCAAUAAGUUCCAGGUCCAUCAUGGUGCUGACCGGUACCAGCUCCAGCUCUACGACCAUUUGUUGGAUGUUGACGCAAACCAUGGGACACGACGGGACGAGGCUCUUACGAUUCUGGACGUUGGGUGCGGUGCGGGUGGCGGUUUGUGUGAGCUCCAGAUACUGUACCCCAAGGCUGAAGUCGUGGGCGUCGACGUUUCGAUCGAGGCACUGGAACGGAGCAAAGAGGUGUGGAGCUGCUGUAAAGAGCAGAUGAAGGAGUUCCAGGAGAAGGAACUGCAGCUGUACCAUCAGUCGUGCGAGAGGAUGACAGGCGUGCUUACAGAUUCAGUGGACAUUGCUGUCUGUGUACAGAGUCUACAAGAAGUGCAGAAUCUCGACAGAGCAGUGCGUGAACUUGCGCGCGUGCUGCGACCAGGGGGGCUGCUCUUUGUUGCGGAUUUCAUUCCGCUUGAUGCCGCAGCAGAUCACGUGGAGCGCUCGCUGCUGUCGCCCAUUGUGUCGCCUCAGCACAAGACUUCGUGCUUUGAGAUCGUGCAAGAACAGUUGGUGUCGUACGAAGCAGCGAUGGGCGCCAAACUCGGCUCGGACAGCACGCGGGGGUUAAUCCAUCAGUUUACAUCCCGGGAGUUCCACGCGGAGCUAGAGACUUUCUUCUUUGUUGAGGACUCGCCAUUGUACGAGCUGCUGCGUCGGGAUCAAAUGGGAUUCCGAUUGUUGUGUCUGCGCAGGACAGAGGAGCGCAGUACAGAUGAGGAAGAUGGUUGUCACGUGACUGAAUGGGAUGGAGACAGUGAUGGUGACAGCGCUGGGCACACUUCCGACGAAGAGAUUCAAGACGAUGAUCUGCCGAAUUACUACCCGUACCAGGAGCUCUUUCCUCAGUUGGACAUGUUGAACGACAACUACAGCGUCAUUGUGGAGGAGAUGCAGGCCGUGCAGCAAAUGGCAACGUGGCCCUUCUGGCCGGAGAAACAUUACACGAACGGCGACAGCGAGUGGCGUGUGUUCCCGUUUUGCUAUACCUUUCCGGCUUAUGACGUCUCCAAGACAGCAUGGGUACCCGCUACGUGCUCGAUGUGUCCACGCACGACAGCAAUCCUGAAAAGUCUGUCGGGUAUUCGCACAGCACUCUUUUCAAAGCUCGGUCCCAACACGACGCUGAAUGCGCAUCGAGGUUGGGCAGACCUGGCGAACCACGUCUUGCGCGUCCACUUCCCGCUUAUAGUACCCACGCUGUCGAAUGGUGAGCCGUGCUGCGCCAUGGUGGUAGGGGACGAGACUUCGUACCAUACUGAACGUGAGUUCAUCGUGUUUGACGACAGCAAGUUGCACUACGCGUUCAACCACCAUCCUACUGAGACGCGACUCGUACUCAUCGUUGACUUCUACCGUCCCGAUCAAUUACCGAGGGGCCGUGCACGUGGUGGUCACUCGGACGAACUGGACGAAUUUAUCGAGUCGUUUAGCAAUCAGACGUUGCUCAAUAGCAGCGGAGAAAAAGCUGAUCACAGUAGUUGA